GCCCCUCGGUUAGCAGAGAAGUACUGUGUUUGUCACCUGGCUACAGGUGACAUGCUGAGGGCCAUGGUGGCCUCAGGCUCWGAGCUCGGCAAGAGGCUGAAGGAGACGAUGGAUGCCGGCAAGCUGGUCAGUGAUGAGAUGGUGGUGGAGCUCAUCGAGAAGAACCUGGAGACGCCGGCCUGCAGGAACGGGUUCCUGUUGGACGGAUUCCCCCGCACCGUCAAACAGGCAGAGAUGCUGGACGACCUGUUGGACAAAAGACGGGAGAACCUGGACUCUGUCAUUGAGUUUGCCGUCGACGACUCUCUGCUGGUUCGCAGGAUCUGUGGCAGACUGAUCCAUCAGCCCAGCGGACGCUCGUACCACGAGGAGUUCCAACCCCCCAAAGAACCCAUGAAGGACGACGUGACGGGCGAGCCGCUCAUGCGCCGCAGCGACGACAACGAGACGACGCUGCGCUCCCGCCUGAGCUCCUACCACCGGCAGACGGUGCCCCUGGUGCAGUACUACAGCRCGCGGGGUUUGCACACGGCCGUCGACGCCUCCCAGGACCCCAACGUGGUCUUCGCCUCCAUCGUCGCCGCCUUCUCCGUGGCCACAGAAGCCCCCGCCCGCGCCGUCGCCUCUGGUUGAAUCCUGAGCCGCUUCACUCCCUCUGAGGCGAACACACACAGACAAAAUGAGUUUAUUAAACUAGAUUUACAGUUUCGGUGCUGUUGAGAUUUAUUUUUAGAUCAUGAAACGAGUGAAAUGAAAACCAGGACCUAAAAUAAACAUCAUGCUUUUCUAAAAUCA